AUGUGUGUGUGUGUGUGUUGGCUGGCGGCGGCGGCGGCGGCGCUGCUUCUCGGGGCGCCGGCGGCUGCUGGAGUCAGCUCUGGCACCGCCAGCACCGGUGCAGCGGCGGCAGCAGCGUCCCUUUUAGAAGACGAUGACGCCGGUGAAGAUGGCGGAGAGUACGACGAUGUGCACGGCAGCGGUGCUGGCGGUGCCGGCGGCGGCCUAGCUGUCGUUGGUCCUGCUGAGGCGAUACCCCUCCUUGACCAGGUCGCCCCGCAACCCCCUAACCUAACUCCGAGUGAUGAUGGACGGGCAGUUGGUGUGGCUGCCACACUGCUGUCUUGA